GGUGUUUCAUUGUGCAAUUUCGUCACGAUUCGAUUUCAUCACAUUUUGCCAUUAAUCUGCAUUGCUCUUGCCCUGAUUUAAGUGCAAAAGGGAGUACUUUUGUAGUGAAACCCAUUUACGUUCUAGUUCCGUGUGCAACGACGCAACAAACGAAGCAAAUCAUGUCUUCCCCGUGGGCUGUGGUGCAGGCCGUCGAAACAGUGAACCUGCAGGAGAUCAUGUCGGAGGAAUACGCACGGGAACUGCAGACGAAGGAGGAGAAUUCGUCCCGCACUCCGAACAAGCCGGAACCUACGAAACCACCACCGGAGGCGGCAGCGCCAAAGGCAGCCAUCAGCGAAGAACCCGUGGCCGGCUGCUCUCGGGUGCUGGAUCCCGGGAAAGUUCCGGUGGAUCCAGUGAUUCCGGAUGAGUUGCUGCGUGCUUUGCAGGAGGCAGACGAGAAGGAAGUGGAAUCGGAUGCACUGGUGGCGCGACUACUGCAGGCCCAGUUCGAUGCUGAGUACGAUGAGCAGAUCAAGCGAGAAGAGAACCACCGUAAUAAGGAUUCCAAGGUGAAGGUUUCGUACGCGAACUAUCGCACCGUACCGGAGGGGUUGCUGUACGAGGAGCGCGAGGAAGUGCCGAUCGAUCUAAAGGCGGACUGGGACCGUUUCGAAACGAACGAAAAGGAACAGAAGCUGCUUCCGCGCACCGGAUAUCGAGUGAACAGCGAAGGAGAAAUGGUGACGAAGCACAACCUCGACAUUAGCGGGCGCAGUAAUGCAUGCAAGGUGAUGUCCUUUCCACCCGAGUUCUCGACAGGCGAUGCGGCCGGCUUCGAUAUGAAACUGUCCAACAAGGUGUUUAACCAGCUGAAGACCCAUUCGAAGAAAACCACUCGGAAGCUUCACAAGGCUCAGGAUCGUAAGGAAAACUUGGCGACCGCCGAAAUGGGAGUCGAUGAACCGACACGUCUGAUACUGUACAAGUGGAUCAACAACCAGCUGCUAGAGUCGGUCGAUGGGGUCAUUUCUACUGGCAAGGAAGCGAUCAUCCUGCACGGUGAGACGGAUUCCGAAAACCCGAACCUCAAGGAAGAUGAUCCACUGCCCCCGAAGGAGGUGGCCAUCAAAGUGUUCAGUACCACACUGAACGAGUUUAAGCAGCGUGAUCGAUACAUCAAGGAUGACUAUCGGUUUGCGGGUCGGUUUUCCAAACAGAACGCCCGUACCGUCAUCAACAUGUGGGCGGAGAAGGAGUUACGGAAUCUACAUCGGAUCCGUGCAGCCGGAAUCCUAUGCCCGGAGGUGGUCGCACUGAAGAAGAAUGUACUGGUGAUGGCAUUCGUGGGCGAUAGUAUGAUCCCGGCACCGAAGCUGAAAGAGGCCACACUGUCGGAUGCGCAGCUGAUCAUGGCGUACGAGGAAAUGGUCGAUAUUAUGCAUCGGCUUUAUAAAGAAGCCCGGCUGGUGCAUGCUGACCUGUCCGAGUACAACAUUCUUUGGUACGAGGAAAAAUGCUGGAUCAUCGAUGUCGCACAAUCGGUGGAACCGAGUCAUCCGGGAGCACUGGAAUUCCUAAUGCGCGAUUGCGACAACAUCAGCACGUUCUUUACCAAACGGGGCGUUAGUGGAGUGAAGAGCAAGGAGGACCUCUUCUUCGACAUCACCGGUCUCGAUCCAAUUUCGCACAAUGCCACGAUUCUCGAACGGAUACACAUGAAGGGUGAGCCGGCGCACAUUGUAUCGGGCAUCGAUGACAAUACGCCGGAUGUCUUUAAACCCAUGCAAUAUCCCUUCGAAUUCGCCUGGGCAAAGGUGGAAUCGUACAAGAGCAAAAAGAAGCAAAAGGAGGACGGGCAGCAUGGUGGCGAGAGCUCCGGAUCACGGCUUCCGUGUCGCAGCACCUCAGAGUCGAGUGGCUGUGGUUCAGACGUUGAAGCAGUGUUGAAGGAGGAAGUGGUCGUCGCCUAAACUAGGUCAAUUUUGGACCCGCUAAUCCAAAGUGUUUAUUGCGAACGGAUGUGACAAUGAAUUGUUUGUCCAAAUAAAUAAUGCCACACAAACAGCGACAUUUUAUGUAACUGUC